GAAAGUUUUCACGCAGCGUUGGGUGGGGGUGAGUGAUGGAGUCGGAGCUCCACGCAUUUGCUGUUGUUGGAAGGACUCUGGACGCCCAAGCACUUGUUGCGGCCAAUACUUGGUGAGGAGCAUGGACAUCUUGUUGGCUUUUUUUAAUUCGUAGGAGAUUGUAGCCCUUCAAAGCCAAUUCACUGAUCCAGGAAAAAGACUAGACAGGUCGAAGCGGCCAAGGAGAGGUCCAGAGAAAAGAACGAAAACGAAGGCUGAGUCCAGGGACUCCGGCUCUUUGUCAUUAAGUAAAUGAAGAGAGUUGAAUCCGUUCCCAUGCUGCGCCAGGGGACUGUUUCUCCUAGGGGUUUCCAAGCACUGCAAAGGCGUUAACCCUGACUACCUCUGGAACAGAUACAGCCGCAUCUCUCUACCAGAAACCUGGAGGCACAAAUUGAUUAAAGGAUUCCCGCCACUAACCACAAAUCAGCCUCUCUCUCUCCCUCUCCUUUUUCUUUACUACUUUUCAGUGUCCCCUUCCCACCCCUCUUGCCUCUAUACUUCUGCGAUUCCUUGGUGACGCCGGAUCGUAGCUGUCCAGCACUGUAACCUGGACCCGCGGAACUGAGAGGACUGCCCUCUUGGGAAUCCUCCGCUGUUCUCCACAGACAGCCUGGGGGCAGGUGAGGGGGACAUCUCUCUCUGUCUCUGUCUCUGUCUCUGUCUCUGUCUCUCUCUUUCUCUCUCUCUGUCUCUCUUCUUCCCCUUCUUCUCUCCCCUCUUCUCCUCUUUCCUUAUUCCUCACAGGUCUCUGUUCCCCAGCAUUUGAGAAGUGACCACGCACCAGGAUGCAGCUGUGUAAAGGCCGAAUGCUGGGCAUCUCAGUGGCCAUCGCCCAUGGGGUCUUUUCGGGCUCCCUCAACAUCCUGCUCAAGUUCCUGAUUAGCCGCUAUCAGUUCGCCUUCCUGACUCUGGUGCAGUGCCUGACCAGUUCCACUGCUGCCCUCAGCUUGGAGCUGCUGCGGCGCCUGGGACUUGUCUCUGUGCCCCCUUUCAGCCUGAGCCUGGCGCGCCCCUUCGCCGGGGUCACAGUGCUUUCCACGCUGCAGUCCAGCCUCACCCUUUGGUCCCUACGGGGUCUGAGUCUGCCCAUGUAUGUGGUCUUCAAGCGUUGCCUGCCCCUGGUCACUAUGCUCAUCGGCGUACUGGUGCUUAAGAACGGGGCUCCCUCCGCUGGGGUCCUAGUGGCCGUACUCAUCACCACCUGCGGGGCAGCCCUAGCAGGAGCUGGUGAUCUAACUGGGGACCCCAUUGGGUAUGUAACAGGUGUCCUGGCAGUAUUAGUUCAUGCUGCUUAUCUUGUGCUCAUUCAGAAGACCAGCGCAGACUCCGAACAUGGAGCCCUCACAGCCCAAUAUGCUAUUGCCAUCUCUGCCACCCCUCUACUUAUCAUUUGCUCCUUUGCCAGCAUGGAUUCUAUCAAUGCUUGGGCCUUUCCAGGAUGGAAAGAUCCAACCAUGGUCUGCAUCUUUGUGGCUUGCAUUUUGAUCGGCUGUGCCAUGAACUUUACUACCCUCCACUGUACCUACAUUAACUCUGCUGUGACCACUAGUUUUGUUGGAGUGGUGAAAAGCAUAGCCACCAUCACAGUGGGUAUGGUGGCCUUCAAUGACGUGGAGCCCACUUCUCUGUUCAUAGCAGGUGUGGUGGUGAACACCUUUGGCUCCCUAAUUUAUUGUGUGGCCAAAUUCAUCGAGACCAGAAAGCAAAGCAGUUAUGAGGACCUGGAGAAAGACCAUAGGGAAGUCUUGCAGGAGACAAAUGGAGCUCAACCACCAUUUGUUAUGGAGCCCCUGCCUUUGGAGAAAGGAAAUGGUGACAUGGAAGGAGAGGAGACAGCCAGUGGGAUCAGUCAGCCCUGUAUAGAAAAGCCUAAACAUGGUGCUGGGGAAACAGCACUGGUCUCCAGCAACAGCCAGGAGAGAGAAGGAGUUACUAAGAACUCAUUAAAGGAUGCUUACCUCGGAGUGUGGAGAUUGGUUAGGGGGACUAAAUAUAUGAAGAGAGAUUAUUUGCUAGAAAAUGAGGAACUCUCCAGCCCCUGAAAGGGAAAUGUAUGUAUAUUAUAAUAAUAAUUAUUAUAUAUGUAUAAAAUGUACAUAUAUACAUACAUACAAACAUUUUAUAUAUAUGUAUAUGUUUUAAUAAGGAAGAUCAUAUAUUUUAUUCCUAUUCAGGUAGGGAGCACUCAGAAGAGAUUGCAAGGGCAAUACAAUAUGAUUGUAUCAAAUACAAUAUGAGAAAACUAACUCCUAUCUAUAUUAUUUUCACUGAGAUUAAAGGGUAUGAAACUGAUUAACAAAAUAAGAUAAGUUGCAUUGGUUUUAUGUUCUUGACUAUUAAUAUUUUUUAUUCUCUGCUCCCCUCCUCCCCCAGGUAUCUAUAAACGGAAUCUAGAAACGAUAUACUUUAUAGGCCUUCAUAGGAGAGUCAGGACCAACAGUUCUGUUAAAGUGGGGACUAUAAUUUUGCUAACCUGUCAGAAAUGGGGAAAAAUAAAAUAAAAAUGGCACUUGCUCUAUGAAGGCAGUGAUUUGAUAGACUCUAUUUAUAGAUAUUUUAAAAUCUUGUGUUUACUUUUUGGCCGAAUUUUUCUUCAGUCAUUUUAAAAUAAAUGAUCAUAUUGAAUUUUUGUAGAGGAAGUAAGAGCUUUUUUGAAAAUACUGGUCCCAGAUUUUAAAAUGAGGUAUUUACAAUUCAUGGUUAGUAAAUACAAAGUUAUUUUUAUUAACAGAAAACUAUUUAUGACCUUUACCUUGUAAUGCUGAACCACUAAACACCAAAUCCAUUUUAUAUUGUUUUCACUGUGUUUGAUAUUCUGUAGAGUGAACACACGGGCUGGACCACAAUUCAACAGUGACUGAAUCUCAGACAGGCAGGAUAAAAGAAAUCUUGGAAUAUAGUCCUUUUACUCAUUUAAAACCAAUUUUGUGGCAUCUUCAGCUGUGUUUAUGUUAGAAUGAUGUUUUUCUAAUAUCAAAUUGAAAACACAAAUACUGGUUUGUUGCUUUAACUGUUACAUUAUUAGAAACUCAUAUUUUCAGUGUUUGCUGUUCAGUGCUGCUAUAAUCAUUUUGUAUUUUUUGCCUUUAAUAUAUGUGUAUGGACUGUCUAUUAUAUAGGAGUGAUGUUUCAUAAUUCCCAAAAGGAAAAUGGGAAUUUGGUCAAAGCAGCCCGAUUUUCCACUGAAGGAGAAUGAUGUAAACUAACAUGAAACUGUGCCUCCUCUUGAGGCAUAUCAUAUUGUUAAUAGAAUUCAGUGAACAUGGAAAUGGGAUAAUAAACUGUGUCAUGCUUUGCAGAAA